AUGAGGUUCUCAAUCGCUGCUUUGGCGCUGGGCUUGAUUUCACUCGCAUCCGCAAAGAGGAGCCCGCAACAUGUAGGCAAGACUCUCCCAGAGAUCAGGAGGAGCGUCGCACCUCAAUCACGCUCCGCUGCGACAAAGAUUGAGGAGAGGGCGGCUCCACACCUCUUCUUGAAUAACAACACGAAGAAAUACGCGGUCAACGGCAGCGCGAUCCCGGAUGUCGAUUUCGAUGUUGGCGAAUCCUAUGCCGGCCUUUUACCCAUAUCGAAUCGGACGAACGCGUCAGAACUUUUCUUCUGGUUCUUUCCCUCGACCAACCCGAAUGCGACCAACGAAAUCGUCAUCUGGUUGAAUGGAGGGCCUGGCUGCAGUUCUUUAGAAGGCUUCCUUCAAGAAAAUGGACCAUUCUUGUGGCAAUAUGGCACAUUCAAGCCCGUACGCAAUCAAUGGUCAUGGACGAAUUUGACAAACAUGGUUUGGGUUGAGCAACCCGUUGGCACUGGCUUCUCCCAGGGCACUCCCACGGCGACAUCGGAAGCGGACGUCGCCUCACAAUUUCUCGGAUUCUUCAAGAACUUUGUCGACUUGUUCUCGAUGCAGGGCUACACGGUCUACAUCGCAGGGGAAUCCUACGCCGGGUACUAUGUGCCUUACAUCGCAGAUGCCAUGUUCAAUGAAGACGACACCGAGUACUACAACAUUAGCUCCAUCAUGAUCUACGAUCCGAGCUUGAGCUACGAUGUUGUCCAGGAACAUAUUCCGGUCACUGCUUUCGCCGACUAUUGGUUGCCUCUCCUGGACCUGAACGCCACCUUUAUGGAACAAUUGCACAAUAUGUCGGACACGUGCGGAUAUACAUCCUUCCUGAACGACAACCUGGUCUUUCCUCCGAAAGGACCGCUGCCCACACCUCCCAAUGUCGAUCUGAGCGCUGACGGCUGCGACACGUUCGACGCAGUCUUCUUUGCCGCAUCAACUGUUAAUCCGUGUUUUGACAUCUACCAAGUGGCAACGACAUGUCCGCUCUUGUUUGAUGUACUCGGGUUCCCUGGCUCUUUCGACUACCUGCCGGAAGGCGCAAGCAUCUACUUCAAUCGUACUGAUGUCCAAAAGGCCAUCCAUGCUCCAAUCCAGGAGUGGGCCGAAUGCACCAACGUGGACGUUUUUGUCAACAACACGGAUAAUUCACCACCAUCGGCAUUAAGCGUUCUUCCGCGCGUGAUUGAGAGAGCCGAUCGCACGAUCAUUGGUCACGGGUUGCUCGACAUGAUCCUGAUCUACAACGGAACCCUGCUCGCCAUCCAGAACAUGAGCUUCAACGGUGCCCAAGGGUUUUCCGUCCCGCCGUCUCAGUUCGAUGACUUCUACGUGCCAUACCACGUGGAGUACGACUUCCAACUGGGAUCUACGGCCGGUGCCGGUGUGAUGGGACAAUACCAUACCGAAAGAGGCUUGACGCUUGUCACCGUCCAACUCUCUGGUCACAUGAUCCCUCAAUAUGCCCCUUCGGCGGCUUACCGACAGCUUGAGUUCUUGUUGGGUCGCAUCCCUGACUUGGGCACAGUAGGACCGUUUACGACCAUGCAGGAUACCAGCUACUGA